UAUGAACUGUACGGUUAAUAUAUUGUCAUUGUUUAUAACAAGUUGGCUGGGUAACAACAAUCAAGCAAAAUAACUUUUUUCUAGGCACAAUUUAUAUUCGGUCAAUUGAUCACUGCACACGUGAAUCAAAUCAGUCAUCUGAAUUGUGUAACAUCAUAAUUAUUUUACGAAACAGCCUCGACCAUCUUUAAAAUUCCCAAACAUGAACGGUAUUAAUAAUGUUGACGUCAGAAAAAAACAAACAAAAACAAAACGAAAACGUGCGAAAACGUUGGAUCAUUGAUAUCAUUUUAGUAUUCGUAUUAAUUAGACAGCUGUAAAUUCUAAUGUAAACGCAGCCUGCUGAAAGGCGUUCCUGCUGGAAACGUGAUUUCUAUGAAAUACGGGAAGUACUUCGUCAAAAUGUUAAAAUAGUAUCAUGAUAGAACAUAAUAGUGAAAGUUUGUCGAGUUGAUGAAUCAAUUAUCUCCUGUGUUAUGAUAUUUUCUUUUGUUGUUGCUAAUAAUUUACACCAUUUUCGUUAUACAUCUUGGAUUAACUAUUGUUUCACCAACCAAUCGUGAAGGUACGCGAGAUAAUAUUACUCCGUAUGACGUCACACACCUUUCGAAACGCAAUGUCACUUAGACUCUCUUCCUUUUAUCGAGAUGAAUUUCUACUUCAAACUUCUGACCUURGUUCUUUUGCUACCGUGCGUUUAUUCCACUGCGUCGAUGAGCACCGAGAAAUUCAAUGAAUGGAUUUUSCUGAUUGUUGGAUAUCUUGGUCUUCAGAUAGACCGUGUAACGUUGCUCGUCUUGGCGGUGUCAGUUGUUGGCGUGACUCUCAUUCUUUACAAGCUUUGGCAACUUGUCUUUGUGCCUAUUAAACUYUUUCGUAAAAUUGAGGACACUGGCUAUAUUCCUGACGACAUCUUACCCAUAAAGGAAAUCGCAAACAAAAAUAAGGAGAGACGAAGAAUUGGCGACCUUCCUCCAGUUUACCCGAACGGCUGGUUUCAUAUUCUUUCCUCGUGUGAAGUGAAACACAAAGAGGUGAAAUUUGUGAGCGUWUUAGGAGAGCACUUGGCGGUUUUUCGCGGAGAAGAUGGUAAUGUUAGUAUUGUCGAUGCGUACUGCCCGCAUCUCGGUGCAAACUUAGCAAUCGGAGGGCAGGUUGUUGGAAAUUCCAUUCAGUGCCCAUUUCACGGAUGGGAGUACAGGGGAUCGGAUGGAAAAUGCACAAAAAUCCCUUAUACUAACAAUAUUCCAUCAUUUGCAAAAGUAAAAACAUGGCCAUGUUUGGAGAGAAACAAGUCCAUCAUGUUAUGGUACCAUUCCGAAGGUGAAGAACCGUCUUGGUUACCAGAAGAAGUAGAUGAAAUAAAAAACGGAGAAUGGGUGUACGGCGGUCAAACAACACAUAUAGUAAAUGCACACUGCGAGGAAAUCCCAGAAAAUGGUGCUGACGUUAAUCACCUUGAACACCUACAUUCAUCACCAAUCCUCGCAGGGACAGACUUGCGCUAUAUGUUUUCAACCAUGUGGCUUGAGAUAAUGCAACACAAAUGGGAUGCCAACUGGUCAUUGGACAAAGAGAAUAAACAUAUCGGUCAGCUGACACUUAAGCAUGAAAUACAUGUUUUUGGAUUCCAUCUUCCUUUUCUUGACUUCUACCUCAAUGCCAAACAGACUGGUCCUGGUCUGGUUUAUAUGUAUUACACAUCAAUGUUUGGUAAAGGUAUUUUCUUUCACACCGUGACUCCAGAAGAGCCACUGCUUCAGAGAGUAGAACACAGACUUUAUACCUCAAGAUACAUGCCUACAAUUAUUGCCAAUUUUUUGUUAUAUGCAGAAAGUAUCCAGUUUGAGCGGGAUAUUAUGGUGUGGAACCACAAGAAAUAUUUAUCAAAGCCAAUUCUUAUAAAGGAAGACCAACUCAUUGGAAAACAUCGUAGAUGGUACUCGCAAUUUUAUUCCAAAAACAGUCCAACAUACAAAACUGCCAUGGCAAAAAGUAUCGAAUGGUAACCCUGUGUAUGUCAGUAUUUAGAAUUAAUAAUUACAAUACAAAAACUUAUACUCAUUUCCAGGACAUCUGAAGUGUAAUGUUUCAUUUAUAUAUCUUAUGAUGAAAGGUUUGAUAUUGAAAUUAUAAUGUCAACAUCAGCCUAAAUAUCAGAUAUAGAACUCCUUAGUUACCUUAAGGUAAUGUUUACAACAUGAGCGUCCGUGUUGUAUUGGAUUUUACAAUCCAUACAACACGGACACAAAUGUUGUAAUUAAAUUACUUGUGAAACGUUUAGGUGUAUACAACAUUCAUCUACUAAAAACUUAAAGAUAAAAUUGA